UCUUGCUCUGCAAACACGGGCUAAAUUCAUCGUCUCUAUCUGCUUUCAUCUUCCCAAAAGGAAUAUUCCUUCUUCCAUCUGUUCUCUCUCGUCGUAGAAUUUCGUAAAGAGGAUUAAUCAACUCUCAUUUUCCAUCUGAUUACUCUGCUUCUGCUGCUGUUUUUUUGUUUUUUGGUUCGGGUUUUUUCCCCCUAAAUUUUUGGAUUGUGGAGGCCUUCGUUUGGACAACAAAUCUUAAUUGAAGAUCAAUGGAGCAAUUUCCAAACCACGAGCUUGAGUAUGUCGUUGACGACUACUUGGACGUCACUGAUUUCGAGGACCAAGACGUUUCACCCGGAAGCGGAAGAGGUUCCGUGGAUGAUGACGAGCUGGACUCUGAUUUUGAAGAUGACUUCGAACUGAGCAAGCCUGACAGCGAUACAUCGGCUGUUGAAGCCAAGAAUGGCAAGGAUAUACAAGGGAUUCCAUGGGAAAGGCUAAAUUUUACAAGAGAGAAGUAUCGUGAAACCAGAUUGAAGCUAUACAAGAACUACGAGAGUCUGUCUCAGUCCCGCAAAGAUCUUGAUAAGAAGUGCAAAGAUGUAGAGAAAGGCCACAACUUCUACCAUUUUCAGUUCAACACAAGGCUUGUCAAAUCAACAAUAGUACAUUUUCAGUUUUCCACUUCAAGCGUCUCUUAUGGCAUCCCAAACGCAAUAAAAUGUCAGUUAUGCUGUGCCAUAGAAGCAGGAUUGCAGUUUUAUCUGAGCAGCUGGCGCAAUAAGGACACGUUUCAUAUGCUGAGGAAUUUAUUAUGGGCGACCUCAAAACAUGAUGUAUAUCUCAUGCAAAACUACUCCGUUAUGCAUUGGUCCUCUCUGCUUCGGAGGGGUAAAGAAGUACUUAAUGUUGCUAAGCCUAUCACACCAACCCUGAAGCAUCCUGGAUGUUUGGCUCAGACGCUUUCAAGGGUUCAGAUAAGCACCAUGACUGUGAAAGACAAUCUAAUGGUGGCCGGUGGCUUCCAAGGAGAGGUCAUCUGCAAGUAUCUAAACCAACCUGGAGUUGCCUUCUGUACAAAACUAGCUACGCAUGAAAAUGCGAUUACCAAUUCAGUCGACAUAUAUAACCCUAGUGGUUCGAUCAGGGUUAUUGCAGCAAACAAUGAUGCUCAAGUCAGGAUUUUUGAUGCUGAAAAUUUUGCUUGCCUAAGUCAUUUCGCGUUCCCAUGGUCUGUAAAUAAUACUUCGUUAAGUCCAGAUGGAAAGUUUCUUGCUGUCCUUGGAGACAGUGCAGAAUGUUUGAUCGCUGACCCACAAUCAGGAAAGGUCUGCAGCAGCCUAAAGGGACAUUUAGACUAUUCUUUUGCAUCCGCGUGGCACCCAGAUGGUCAGAUCCUCGCUACAGGGAACCAAGACACCACAUGCCGAUUGUGGGAUAUAAGGAACCUGUCGGAGUCCUUGGCUGUGCUCAAAGGAAGAAUGGGCGCAAUCAGAGCCAUAAAGUUCACAUCAGAUGGCCGAUUUAUGGCCAUGGCAGAACCAGCUGACUUCAUUCAUGUGUUCGAUACGCAAUCUGAUUAUGCAACUGGGCAAGAGAUUGAUCUGUUUGGGGAGAUAGCUGGAAUUUCAUUCAGCCCUGAUUCUGAGGCCUUGUUUGUGGGUGUUUCAGACAGGACGUAUGGCAGCUUACUGGAGUUCAACCGGAGACGUUUUGACCACUACCUGGACUGCAUCUUUUAGCUAACUUUCAGUGUGUAUAUUUCAUGUUCUGGAGUUAAACUGGUUGAUGGUGGUUAAAGCUAAUCAGUUGAGAAUCAGUUUGCAUUGCAUGCAGAUUGGAGCUGCUUUGAGAGGCUCUGUUGAGUGAUUUCCUGCAAGGAGAAGUGGGGAAAUUUUGCAGAAGUAUAUAGGCGUCUCUUGUAAAUUAUAACAGCUAGUACCAAUAUAUAAUAUAUAUGGUUUAUACU